UAUGAUUGUAGGUAGGUGUAUUUUGUAAUAGACAAAAACAAAAACAUAUUUUUCGCCUAUACACAGAAAAUAAUCCGUUGUGCAGUUGUAUAAUAUAAUAUACUAUAACGAACGCUCUUGACUAAACUUACAAUUUUAUAUAACAUUUUCUUCUGAUUUUUUUUCCAACAAUGAUUUAUAGCAACGUAUUUGGUUUUACAGUACUUAUUGUUAUUAUUUCAACAUUAAAGUCUGCCACUAGUUUAUCUUGUUACCAAUGCAACAGUACUGACAUCCACAACCAAUUUCAAUGUACAGAAACUAUGGAUACUUAUGGUCUAGAGCCGCAACCUUGUACAAAUGUUUACAAUGCAGCCUUUUGUGUUAAACUGAUUGGCCGCUUUGAACGUGGACUUGGGGUAAAGCGUUAUUGUUCUUCUCAUGAUCUGGGAAAUUAUUGCAACUAUGUUCGUCAACCAGGUGAUAAGUUAGAAUAUAGGACUUGUGUUUAUACAUGUGAUUCUGAUGGUUGUAAUGGUUCAAGUCAAGUAAAGUUAUAUGGAUAUCUAAUAGUGAUAUCUUUAUUCCCAAUGUUGAAAUUGAUUUUAAUUUAAAUACUGACAUUAUCAACUGUCAACAUUUUAUAGAUAAUAAUUAUUUGUAGGUAUUU